ACACUACCCGGACGGAAGUACUGGUGCACAUUACACCACAAACAACACUGAAUGGCGAGCUAAACGUUCAAUGUGGGAGCACGUUGGGGGGCUCGUUUAAGUCCGUCGUGUUACUGGGAGUCUCGAUAAGCCGAGAGCCAUGCCUACCGUGGUCCUAAUGGACGUGUCUCUGUCCAUGACACGGCCAGUGUCACAGGAUGGCAGCGAAGAGUUUCAGAGGAAGAACCUGGCUGUCCACGGACUCAAUAUGUUGUUCGAACACAUGGCCUCAAACUACCGCCUGGAGUUCACGGCACUGAUGGCUUUCUCUUCCCUCUAUGAGCUCUUGGUGCCUUUCACCAGGGAUUACAAUGCAUUACAGGAGGCUCUCAGCAGCCUGGAAGACUAUGACAAAACCUGUGUUGAAUCAGCUCUUAAUGGAGUUAAUAACUUCGUUCAGCAGGAGUGGGGCAGUGCCUGUCCCUGUCAGGUGGUGCUGGUUACUGAUGGAUCUCUUGGUAUCGGAAAGGGUUCCCUACGUCACUCCCUCCAAACACUGAAGCAGCGUGGGGAGGACAAGAAGUUCCCACUUCCGUUCCCUUUCCCUACCAAACUGUUCAUCAUGUGUGUAGCCAAUGCAGAGGAGUUACAGAUGACGGAUGCCAUGGACAACCUGGAGGAGCUUCUUCGUCUCAGUGGAGGAGACGGACAGAUCUUUACUAUGGAGGGGCCACUUUGCAUGAAGAGUGUACAGGGCAUGUUUGGGAGGCUGAUUGAUUACGCGUACUCUCCCUUCCAUGCGGUCCUGCACUGUGGGAAUCUUUCCUCCGACGUUCAGGUCUUUCCUCGGCCUGAGCCUGUCGUCAUAGAUGAAGAAGUGGAGCCGAUGCCCAAAACAGUCAGCACAGAUUUGGAAAUUGUGGGCUUCAUUGAAAUCGCUGACAUUUCCAGUCCUCCUGUCAUAUCCAGACACUUGGUGCUACCUAUUGCUGUAAACAAAGAUGUGGAUGAAGUCGGCACAGGAACCACAGAUGAGCUUGAGGAGGAACCUUCUGCCAGUCAAAUGGCAGGCAAAAGUCCUAACUUCUGUGUACUUCUACAUGGAAGUCUGAAAGUUGAGGGCAUGGUGGCGCUGGUCCAGUUGGGGCCAGAAUGGUACGGUAUGCUGUACUCACAAGCAGACAGCAAGAAGAAGUCAAACCUGAUGAUGUCUCUGUUUGAGCCUGGUCCAGAGCCUCUGCCUUGGCUGGGCAAGAUUUCAUAUUUGGGACCAAUUUCAGAGGCAGCUGAAAAUCCCUAUGGGGAGGAUGACAGUAAAAGUCCUUUCCCAGUGCAACCACAGGUCAAGCGAAGCUAUGCCCAGAAUGUCACUGUGUGGAUUAAGGCCAGUGGAUUACAGACUGAUGUCCAAAAGAUUCUGAGGAACGCAAGGAAAUUACCAGAUAAAACUCAGACCUUCUAUAAGGAGCUGAACCGUCUGCGGAAGGCUGCGUUGGCAUUCGGUUUCUGGGAGCUCCUGAAGGGUGUGGCCGAUCUGCUGGAGAGAGAGUGCACACUGCUGCCAGACUCAGCUCAUCCUGAUGCUGCUUUCCAGCUUUCCCACGCUGCCCAGCAGCUCAAACUAGCUAGCACUGGUGACUCUCAGUAUGCUGCUUUUGAUCACAACAUUGUUCCCAUGCACACCGACUUCUCAAGCUGAGUUUGUAUGAACGGACCGAAAUACAGAAGCUCCAGCCUGUGUGGACCGAUGUGGGACAGAAUCUGGUGUUUCCCAAAUGUUGUGUAAAGAAGUCAUCGAAGGGGGACACUUCAAGAACUUUUUUGAGGACACGAGUCAGAUGAAUAACUGAAAAUGUUAGCGUGUACAUAAUUUUUUUUUUACAUUUUCCUUUGUAGGAUGUUUUUCACAGAUUGACCAGAUUCAAAUUUCAUUUUUAUUCAGUGUCAAAUAACCGCCACAUUUACAGGAAACGUGGGAAACAGCUGGUAAUGUUGGCAUUUAAAAUUCAAGUGACUUUCAAAGUAACACAGAGGAAGAGCGAUACACAUGAAUAUUGCUAAUAAAAGGUUAUUGAGCAUAUGAGACACAAAAUGCUUUCUGUAUUUUAGCAGUCACCAGUCUGUGUCUCCCAGAGCUUUGUGGGACGGUUCAGAAAUCUGAAAUAAUAAUUAUUUGUUAAGUA